AUGGAGAGGAUUUUCAACAAUCAACCAAAUCCCGUAACGAUAGAUGUUUACUAAGAAUAAUUCAAUAGAUUACGCUAAGAAGAUAAUAAUAGAUAAGGUGUAGAAUAACCGAAAAGUGAGCCUAACUUUAUCGAAUAUAAUUUUAUAAAUAAACGCAAUUUAACUCCAUCUGCUAAGAUGUGUUGUAUAUGCUAAGAUGAAUAUAUUGAUAAUGAGAAGAUACUGAUCCUUCAAUGUAUGCAUAGAUAUCAUAAAUCAUGUCUGACCAACUUGUCCAAUAUGUAAAAUUAAUAUAUAUCAAUAAUAUUAACAAUGAAAUUAAUAUUUUUGUUUCUCUUUGCAAGUUGUUUAGUAUUGGCUUAAGAGAAUGUUGAAACAAGUGGGGAUGACACUUUGGAUAAUAUAAAGAAAUUGGAAGAGCAGGAAUCAGAUGCAAUAAAUUCGACUUAGGAAUAGAAUCCAUAAGAAAAUUCUGAUGAGAAAAACAAAAAAAGUGAAAAGGAAGAAGAUAAUUAAUCAAUAGAUAGUGAAGAAUUGGCAGACAUUAUAGAUGGUGCAGAAGAAAAUAUGUUUGAAUUGCUCGAAGCAUUAAGACCAUUAUUUGGGCUUAGAUUCGGUGACAAAGAUAGAGACAGUGAUGGAUAAGUAAUUGAUGAUCAACCAGAAGCAGAAGACAACGAUGCUCAAGAGAAGGCUGCAAUUUUGGUGGAUCCUGUUGAGGAUCUCUUAAAAAAGGUUGAUGCAGAUCCUUUGAUGCUUUAAUGGGAUUAAUUAAUGAAUGAUUUUGAUCCUGAAGAUCUACUUACCUUUGAAUUACAAUCUGGAGCCACAGAGAUUUUGUGCGAGACCAUCAAGAAGCCAACAACCAUAAGAGGGGCAUACUUCAUCCCUUAAUUCAAAUUGGAUCAGAAGAUUGAUUUCUAUAUCAAGACUUCUAAUAACACUUUGCUGUAUUCAAAGGAAAGAGUUCAGGAGGGCAUCUUUAAAAUAGAUAUUCCAGAAAAAGGAGAAUAUAAAUUCAUCUUCAUAAACAGAAGAACAAAAGAACCCUUAACAAUAACCUUUGCAAUUGAUGUUCACGAUUCUCAUUAAGAGUUCCUUAAAUUGGCUGAUUUGGAUCCUCUGGCUUUCAGAAUUGAGAGAUUAUCCACAGCGAUGAGGGAUAAUUAUUUCUAUGACAAAAUGGCUGCCUAACAAUUUGAGGGGGGAUUAAGAGAGGUUUCGAAAGCUAAUGCUAAAUUGUUGAUUUUCAGUUUGAUUGAAGUCAUAGGCAUAAUUGCUAUUACAGGAUGGUAAGUCUUUUACCUUAAAAGAAUUUUGAGUAAUUAGAGAAUCAUAUGAUUAUAUAAUGUGUUGUAUUGAAACUUUAAUUUAAUAAAUAU